CCCGGCAAAAUCGAAAUUUUCCCCCAAUCUUCCGCCGCACGGCGCCUUCUCCCCCCGUUACCCGCUCCUCCUUCCCUCGCAAGCCGGCGCCAAAUCCAUUCUAAUUCAAAAUCUCCCCCCAAUUAACAAUCCCUAUAAAUCCCCUCUCCCCUUCCCAUCCGUUCCUCACACCAAAACCACCGAAGUCCCAUCCCCAAAAUUCCCCACUCAGAUCUUAUCAAUCCGCCAGUUAAUCUUGUAAUUUCCGAAGAUGCCGGCCGCCCUGACCUUGGUGCCCGCUUGCGACGCGGAGGAGCCGCUGCUGGCAGAGUCGUCGGACCGCUUCUCCAUGUUCCCCAUCCGGUUCCCUCAGAUCUGGGAGUUCUACAAGAAGGCGGUGGCGUCCUUCUGGACGGCGGAGGAGGUGGACCUCUCCUCCGACGCGCGCCACUGGGACACCACGCUGUCCAACGACGAGCGCCACUUCGUCUCCCACGUGCUCGCCUUCUUCGCCGCCUCCGACGGCAUCGUCCUCGAGAACCUCGCGUCCCGGUUCAUGUCCGACGUCCAGGUCGCCGAGGCCCGCGCCUUCUACGGCUUCCAGAUCGCCAUCGAGAACAUCCACUCUGAGAUGUACUCCCUGCUUAUCGAGACCUACAUCCGGGAGGACGUCGAGAAGGACCGUCUUUUCCGCGCCGUCGACACCAUCCCCGCCGUGCGCCGCAAGGCCGAAUGGGCCAUGCGCUGGAUCGACGGCGGCGAGCGCUUUGCCGAGCGCCUGGUCGCCUUCGCCUGCGUCGAGGGGAUAUUCUUCUCGGGCUCCUUCUGCGCCAUCUUCUGGCUCAAGAAGCGCGGCCUCAUGCCGGGCCUAACUUUCUCCAACGAGCUUAUCUCCCGCGACGAAGGCCUGCACUGCGACUUUGCCUGCCUCCUCUACGACAUCCUCCGGAGCAAGCUGGACGAGUCACGCGUCCGUGAGAUCGUCGGCGACGCCGUUGACAUCGAGAGGGAGUUUGUCUGCGACGCGCUCCCUUGCGCUCUCGUGGGCAUGAACGGCGACCUUAUGAGCCAGUACAUCGAGUUCGUCGCGGACCGCCUGCUCAUGGCGCUGGGCUGCAAGAAGAUGUACAACGCCACAAACCCAUUCGACUGGAUGGAGCUGAUCUCCCUGCAGGGAAAGACCAAUUUCUUCGAGAAGCGUGUUGGAGACUACCAGAAGGCCUCCGUCAUGUCCAACCUCAACGGCGGCGCCGCUACCAACCACGUCUUCAGCAUCGACGAGGACUUCUGAUUCGAUGGAAGGCGUCCUUUCUCUGGGUUGCGAGUAGAUUCUUUGCUCGUCCGCAUAGAAUCCUAGUGCUAUUAGUAGUGAUACUGAUACAUGUACUGUUUGCUCCAUAAUGUUUCUAUAUUUUGCUAGUUCUUGUUCGUCAUGUAAUGUAAUGAAGUAUUUCCCAAUACUAGUGAGGUGUUGCACGUCUCCACAAUAUGUGUCUUUUGAAUUUAAUUUCUCUAUAAUUAUUUAUUA